AGCAGCAUCCUAACUUCUCCGUAAGGCCUAAGAAUCAGUUAACGGGAUAUAAGCCCUGCUGCUGCCUUGUCUGUUAAACAAACGUAUAAUAAAGCGAUUUGCGUGAGGAAAUACUCUUCGGUAAUGUCUGUCCUCAGGUGCGAUGCCGGAAGCGCUGCGGCAGGAGGGCCCCCCGCCAGGCCUGCCCGUGGGCUCUGAGGGCAGCUCCAGAAGGAGGAGCUGGGGGCUGCUGGUUACUGGUGGCGUCGGCGGGACCUUGGUGGCCUUGUAUGCCGUUGUCACCCCGUUUGUCAUGCCAGCGCUGAGAAGAGUUUGCCUGCCUUUUGUUCCCGCAACUUCAACUCAGAUUGACAACGUGCUGAAAAUGUUAGGGAACAGAAGCGGCCCCCUGGUUGACAUUGGGAGUGGGGAUGGCCGUGUUGUAAUAGCUGCUGCAAAAAGGGGGUUCAAAGCUGUUGGUUAUGAAUUAAAUCCCUGGUUAGUCUGGUACUCCAGAUACCGUGCCUGGAGAGAUGGGGUACAUCGGAACACCAAAUUUUAUAUUUCAGACUUAUGGAAGGUUUCUUUUUCUCAUUACACGAAUGUUGUUGUCUUUGGGGUACCUCAAAUGAUGCCACAGUUGGAGAAGAAGCUAGAAGAAGAACUCAAGUGUAAUGCCAGAAUCAUUGCCUGUCGUUUUCCUUUCCCUUGCUGGAUCCCAGAUCAUACCACUGGAGAGGGAAUAGAUACUGUGUGGGCCUAUGAUUUGAAAGCGUCUAAUGGAUGUGAAACGAAAUGAUUGGAAAUUACACCAAAGACAGAAUUCUGAACGUCUGAUUUGUUUUGUUUUGAAAUUUCAGGUUUGACUUCAUCUCCUAGAAGAUAAUAUUAAUACUAAAUAGUGAAUAUGUAUGUAUAUGUCCUGGAGUUAUAAAGUAACACUGAGGUAUGUUACUGAUUACUGGAAGGGAAAAAUAAUAAAAAAAAUAGUGAAACACGUAGUUAAAGGACUUUAUGUAAUGUAGCUGCUUUAUGUAGUUAGUUUUUACUAAAUGCAUAAAAGUCCUUUAUGAGAAAGCUUUCUAGAAGUAGAGAACUUCAGUUUUGAAAAUAAGGUAAAAAAAAGUCACUACUGUUAAGCAGAGCAUAUAGCAGUUAAAAAGUUCUGUUUGGCUUACUUAACAUGUAUAAUCUUUCUGGUCCUACUUAGCAUUCGUUAUUGGUGUUAAGUGAUGUGCAAGCAGUUCCUCAAAUGAGCAGUGGUUCCCAACUGUCUUCACCAUUUAAGCCCAGCGAGCGUAAUGCUGCCCUUGUUUGGCCAAGGGCUGCAUAUAUCAAAUAGUAAACCAACGCAUUUCAGUUUGCGUUACAGUUUAGCUUUGAAUAUUUGCAUUUUAAGGAUAUAACAAGUCAUUUUUCGCUAGCACGAGUGCAGUCCUUGGUUAUAUUAAUGUGUUUUUAUUUAACUUGUGUGAAGACAAAACUCCAAAAAUGAGCUCUUAAGAACUCUUACUGGUAUAAGCCUUUGCAAGUGACUAAUUUUUCUUAAUAUCUCUGAUUUAGAAAAGGUCUCAAAAGUCAGCUACGUGACAGUCCAGUGUUACUACUUAGUUUGCUCAAACCUUGGAUAAAGUAUAUGUGAGAGCUGCUUGCUUGGAUGUGUCAUGAAGGCCUUCUCUGAUUCCAGAGGCAGUUGGUCUGGCUAGUUUGCUUAAAUUUGAUUAGACCUGAUGUAAAUUUAUUGUGGGAUUGCCAAGGAGGUCCUCAGUCAAGCCUUUUCCCCUUUAGCUUUUCUGAGCUGUAUCAUCUGGUGAGAUCUCCUAAACUCAUGGCAUCGCUGCAUGGCUUUUCUGCGCAAGUGUUGCAAGCUCUUCCUGUCAGCCUCAUGAAGUUCAGCAAGGGAAGACUAACAGUCCUGCACCUGAGAUAGAGUAACCUGUGCAGUAGUACGGAUAGGGCACCAACUAGUGGAAAGCACCUUUCUAGAAAAGGACCUGGGGAUCCUGGCUGAACAACAGGUUGAAUGUGAGCCAGCAGCAGCAGUCAAGGCCAACCCUUUAUUGGGUCAUGUUAGCAGGUAAGGGAGGUGUUUGUUCCCUCUCUUUAGCACUUGUAAAUGUGCAUCUCAAGGUACCGUGUCCUGUUUUGGGCUCCCCGCUACAAAAGAGACCUUGACAUUCUGGAGUGAGUCCAGUGGAGGGCUGCCAAGAGGGGCAGGGAGCUGGAGCACGUGGUGCUCAGGGGGAGGCUGAGAGAACUGGGUUUCUUCAGCCUUAAAGAGAAGGCUGGGAGGUGGGCAAGAAAUCUUAGUUGUCUUUCUGCUGUACCUACUAGGAUGGUGCAGGGAAAAGAACCAGGCUCUGGAGGUCUGUGGUGAUAAGACAGGAGGUGAAAUUUUGAUUAGGCGCUAGGGAAAAUGUUUUCACUGUUAGAAUAGUGGAACAUUGGAAAAAGUUGCCCGUUGAGGCUCUGGGACCUCUGUCUCUGGAGGUAUUAGGAACUUUACAAGGCCAUGAGCAGCCUGCUCUGAGGUGGCCUUGCUUUAGAGAUUUGGCCUAGGUGAUUUUCCAAGGUUUCUUCCAACCUACGUUGUUUUGAAGUUUUAUAAUGUUGAUGGUAGAGGGUUUCUUCCUCCAUCUUGGAGGUCUUUGGAUUUAGUUUUAUCUUGUAACAGUCCGCUUACUUGGUCUUUUCAUUGAUUCCCAGCUGAAGUUUGGCUAUCUUCAUCCAUUAACAGUUCGUCAAAAUUCUCCUACAGCCCCAGUUAAUAUAGAGGCUAUUUGUUAUGCAGUGACCACGUGAGUUUGUCACGUCUUUGCAUAUGUGAUAUCUAUACUGCUAAGCUCAAACAAGUCAAGUAAAAGUGGGCAACUGCUAGGCAGCUGUUAUGUUUGUAAAAUUAGCCUGGACCAGGAGAAGUGCUCAGACCUUAAUCUGUCAGGUCAAUACAAAGCCUGUGACAUUUUACUCGUCAUUGCAGGGUUGUAUUUGCUGGGCUACAGUAUUUGGUAUCUGACUUGAAGAGGUUAGGUGUUCUCUGGAGUGGGUAGUCUACGUUUACACUUGUACCUAGCUCUUUUGGGGGGAGGGCAAGGAGGAGUGUUUAAAGUAUAAAUCUGCACUGAGGAAUUGAAAAGGAGCGGUAGAGUUUUUCUCCUUACACUGUAUACAAAGUAGAAGAAAGGGGCAAAGGUAUCUGCUCUGGAGACUGCAAAGGAAAAUUGCUUGAGCCUCACAGGGCAAGGCAGAAGUAUAAACAUGGAAACUCUAUGUAUUGAAGAACACUGGUUACUGGUAAGCAGUGUUUUAUAACCUUUCUGUCUUUUGUUUAUAUGGACUAUCAUUUCACUACAGUGUAACGUGGAAGUUGUUAUACAAUUAGAGUAAACACUUUCCACCCUGACUUAAGAUUUAUAAAUAAUUACACUGUGGCAGAACUGGGCUACAGUAGCUAUCUAAAAUGUCUGGAUUUACUUUAAUGUUCCAAAGCUGUAAAACUGGAACCUGAGACAAAAAAGUCUGAAAUUUUUCCUGUUGAAAAAGACCAUAUGAAGGGAAAAUUAGCUAAUUAAGCCAAGAGUCCUUCCCUGAAAGAUGAUAAAGAGAGAAAAGAGGCAAAAGAUCUUGAUCAAGUUAGUUGAGUCAUCUGCAAUGUGGUGCUUUGACCAGUAAUUCUUGAUAGAUCAAGUCAAGCUUCUGUAGUUUCAUUUUUCAUGAUGACUUACAAAUAUUGAAGAAUUAUUCAAGAAGGAACAUGAAUCCUUCAAAUUGAUCAAAGAGUGCAGCCUAACACCAGAAGUAAUGUCGAUAAAUACUGUUUUGACUGAAUUAGUUUUCUUCUACACUUCCAAAAUUUACAUGUCUCUAGUUUUAUAAUGUAAAUAUAAUGCUUUGUAAUAUAAAUUUUAAAAUGUUUUUUUAGAAGUAAUCUCUGGUUUUACCCAUAGAAGUUUUUGAAUUGUUGAUUUAAAAAAUAAACUAAAAAGUGCUCUCCCUCUAAGGUUCUAAAGCUAACUGCUAGAAGUCACCCUUGACUGUCAAAACUACAUAAUUAAUUUCAACUAUUCUUCUUUAUACGAUAAUCUUUCUAUUCAUCCUUGUAUGCUUGACUGUGGAUGUUCUUACAUGGAUAAUUACCAUUUUUUCCUCAUUCUCUUUUCUCUGAAUUCUCUCUUCUAAAAAGCCAUGCAUUUGUGUUUUUUUACCCAUGGUUCUUUGAUUUACUUCUAUUUUUCGUGUGCUUUUUACAGUCUGACUGUUUACCUUCAUAAAAGCACUUAAGACUCGUAUUUCGUUUCAUUUUCAGUAAACUGUUUUCCUUUUUUUCCAGCUAACCGUGCAGGCAGACUGUGUCAUAGGAAUGUCCUUUUUUUUUUUUUCCUGACAUUUUAACAUGUAUUUAACUAACCCACGUGAUUUAUUUAGCAUUCUGUAUGCUGACAUAGCAUGAGUUUUGUGUCCAGUAAAUGAAAUAAAAACAUAUCCACCUCUACGGCAUGUAGAUUGAAAAUAGCCUCAGUCUACAAUAAUUCUGACUAUUUAGUAGUUUUAAGGACUUAAUUUUACAUUAUUAUUAUUAUAAUUCAUCACUUGGCAAAUGAAUAUAGGCUUUUUAUCCAGUCAGCAGUUCUCUGGAUUUCGGUUAUUUGUUCAGGUGGGAUUUUUGCUGAAUGCUCUUCCUUAGUAUAAAGAGAGGUUUUCUAUUAGAGGCUUUGGUUGAAAUGUUGGACAGAUGUUUUUGCUGUGUGGUCCAUGAAAAAUCAUAAUACAAUCCAGUAAACUUCUGGUUUUGGUUUAAAAAAAAUUAAGAAAAACCUACUGUGUUAAAUGUGUAAGGUUGUUUUUCAACUUACUGUAAAAAAAAACUUGCUGUUUUUUUUUUAAAUAAGUUUUUGAAGACCCAUAUAGAUCUUGUGGCAUAAAGCUUUGAGGUGAACAGAGGUCCUCACAAGGUCAGAGGCACUAAAUUGAUGGUUUUCGAUCUGAACUUUGUGGGUAGCUUCUGAGGAAUUCACAAAAGUAAUUUAAAAAGCAAGCCUACUCUCAGUCGGUGUAUAUUUGCUAUAGAUAGUCAAGUCCUUCCAUUGGAAAAUUUUAAGGUGUCUGAAAUAAAUAUUUGAGAGUCACUGAACUAAAGAAAAUGGAGUUACAUAAAGCAGUAGCUAAGUGAAAAUAAGUUUAUUGAAGGUUUUUGGGUUUUUUUCUUGUUCUUUCUGUUGUUACUUGAAUUGGGAACCUCUGCAGUAUACAGGUAUAGGAGCCUCUGUGCCUUUUCUGUUAAAGUACGAAGUUACAUACUGUAUUGUAUGAGAGCAACUGCAUGGUUUUGCACACUCCUGUUCUAAUUGAGUCUGGCAAUUUAGUUACUUUAUGAUGGAUGUGGUUUGAGUC